CUCAUCAUACCAUAUGCAGACAAACGUGGCCACUCCAAUGAUUCUGGAAAUCUCGAAACGUAUUCAAAAGGCCUCAAUCAAUGUCUUUUCUACAGCUCCUUCUCCACAUGCACUGUAGUAUAUAGUUGUGAGUAGCUUUUUAUUUGAUUGGAAAUAGCCAUGUCAAAGAAGGAUGAAGAAUUUUUAGAUUACUUAACGGAGAAUGACUCAGAUGAUGUCGAAGCUAAUAGCGUCAAUAUGAGUGACGAUGACGACGAUGAUGAUGAUGAUGCUCCAUUUGCUUCUCAGCAAUGGCCCCAAAGUUUCAGAGAGACAAUUAACUCAUAUACGAUUGCCGCAUCACCUAAUUUCGGACUCAUACGACGUGGAUCCAGUAUUAUAUCUGAAUUCGAUAGUAAAGGAUUCUUGGACUCAGAUUUGAGGACACAUUUGCUCUCUGAAAAGGAAAAAGUUCAGGAGCAAAAUGUUGCAGAUGGAAUCUCAGUAACAAAAGCAUCUUUGUCAGAGAAGGCUUCUUCUUUGCAUGAGCAAUUGACUGGGGAGCUUCCAAUUCCCUAUGGCUGCAGCUUAACGCAGACUGUGUUCAAUGGUGUAAAUGUCAUGGCUGGAGUUGGACUGCUUUCUACUCCUUAUACAGUGAAAGAAGCUGGCUGGGCUAGUUUGUUAGUGUUGGUGAUUUUUGCAGUCAUAUGUUGGUACACAGCUUCUCUUAUGAAACAUUGCUUUGAGAGUAGGGAAGGAAUCUUAACCUAUCCCGAUAUUGGAGAAGCUGCAUUUGGAAAAUUUGGACGCAUUAUUAUAUCUAUUAUCUUGUACUUGGAGCUAUAUUCAUAUUGUGUAGAAUUUAUAAUUUUGGAAGGAGAUAACCUUACUAGCCUUUUUCCUGGAUCUUCACUGAACUUGGGAGGCCUUAAACUUGAUUCAAUUCACUUCUUUGGGAUUCUGGCUGCCCUGAUUAUUCUGCCAACUGUUUGGUUGAGGGACCUUCAUGUAAUAUCAUACCUCUCAGCCUGUGGGGUCUUCGCAACCAUGAUAAUUGUUCUGUGUGUGAUUUUCCUUGGUACGGUGGAUGGAGUUGGAUUUCACAAUACCGGUCAGGUUGUGAACUGGAGUGGUAUUCCUUUUUCUAUCGGAGUGUAUGGUUUUUGUUACUCUGGGCACUCAGUGUUUCCAAACAUCUACCAAUCUAUGGCUGACAAGUCAAAAUUCAAUGUUGCACUUAUAAUAUGCUUUAUUCUGUGUAUUCUCAUAUAUGGAGGUGUUGCAAUGAUGGGGUAUCUCAUGUUUGGUCAAAGCACAUUAUCCCAGAUAACUUUAAAUAUGCCGGAUAAUUCAAUUGCUUCAAGAGUUGCAGUAUGGACCACUGUUAUCAGCCCGUUCACAAAAUAUGCGUUGCUGAUGAAUCCCUUGGGAAGAUGCAUAGAGGAAUUGCUGCCCGAGAGAAUUUCUAGUAGUCUCUGGUGUUUUAUUCUCUUAAGGACAGUGCUUGUCUUUUCUACAGUAUGUGUUGCAUUUCUUCUCCCCUUUUUUGGUCUUGUGAUGGCUCUGAUUGGUUCUCUUCUCAGUAUACUGGUGUCUGUAAUAAUGCCAGCUUUAUGUUACCUAAAGAUCAUCGGAAAGAAAGCAACAAGGACACAGAGGGUGUUUAGCAUCACCGUUAUUGCAGUUGGCAUUGUAAGUGCUGCUCUUGGAACUUACUCCUCACUGUCAGGAAUCGCAAACAAGUAUUGAAGUAAAGCCUAACCACACACACCCCAGACCCCCUUUUCUUUAGGGUGGGGGUGGACAUGUUUGCCAUAAAACAUUCUUAUUUACUGUCCUGUACUUUUGAUGAUCUUUCCCAAAUAUUCUCCAUCUUCUUCUCAGUUUCACUU